UUGAACCAACCACAACUGUCAUCCGUCACAAUCACACUUUGACAACCUACUUAACCUUGAACCACUAGUAAACAAAGCUAAUUUAAAUUGAGCAAAGUUCAGUUCUUUACCACAAUGGCUUUAUUCGGCAGAAUUAUCACAAAAAGCCACCACUUCAAAACAAGGGGCAUAGCCACCUUGGGGGCCCUCCCCGAAACCCACCAAAUGCUCCAGAAAACCUGCCGAGACUUCGCAGACAACGAACUCAAACCCAUUGCGUCAAAAAUCGAUCGGGAGCACUUCUACCCUAAGGAACAAAUAAAGAAAAUGGGGGAAUUGGGGCUCAUGGCUGUAGCAAUACCGGAGAAGUAUGGGGGCACCGGUUUAGAUUACGUGGCGUAUGCUAUCGCAAUGGAGGAAAUUUCCAGAGGGUGUGCCAGUACUGGUGUUAUUAUGUCCGUUAAUAAUUCGUUGUAUCUAGGUCCGAUUCUGCAGUUUGGGAGUGAAGCGCAGAAAGAACAGUAUAUCACGCCGUUCACGAAUGGUGAUAAGGUUGGCUGUUUUGCCCUCUCGGAACCCGGAAACGGCUCAGACGCAGGUGCCGCCUCCACCACCGCCAAAUCCGACGGUUCAGACUGGAUCCUGAACGGUACCAAAUCAUGGAUCACCAACGGUUUCGAAAGCGAAGCCGCCAUAGUCCUCGCCACUACCGACAAAAACCUGAAACACAAAGGCAUAUCUGCCAUCAUCGUGCCAAAGCCUAUCCAAGGUCUAGAACUAGGAAAAAAAGAAGAUAAACUAGGAAUCCGAGGUUCCUCUACGUGUUCACUCAUAUUCGAAGACUGCAAAGUGCCUAAAAUCAACCUCCUAGGCCAACCAGGCUUAGGCUUCAAAGUCGCCAUGAUGACUCUGGAUGCUGGUAGGAUCGGGAUUGCGGCGCAAGCCCUAGGGAUCGCUCAAGCGUCCCUGGAAGUGGCAGCAGAGUACGCUGCUAAGAGACUGGCUUUCGGAAAACCGUUGCUCAAGCUCCAGACGAUUCAGAACAAGUUGGCGGAAAUGGCGGUCCAGUUGGAGUCCGCUCGACUGUUGACCUGGCGGGCCGCUUGGCUUAAGGAUAAUCACAAGAGUUAUACCAAAGAGGCGGCGAUGGCGAAGUUGGCGGCGAGUGAGGCGGCGACUUUCUUGAGUCAUCAGUGUAUACAGAUCUUGGGGGGGAUGGGGUAUGUUUCAGAUAUGCCGGCUGAGCGGUUUUAUAGGGAUGCCAGGAUAACGGAGAUUUAUGAAGGGACUAGCGAGAUUCAAAAGCUGGUGAUUGCCGGGAAUUUGAUUAAGGAAUUGGGGGUUUGAUUUUGUACGGAUUUUGUUUGUGGGUUUACAAGUUUUAAUAUAUAUUUACGUUUUA